GGUAGCUUCCUUUAGUGUUUCUGGAUACUUCACUUUCACUUUACAGUCGUAGUAAAAAAAAUAUCCUAAUCUUCAGAGAGUCCAUAGAAACUUGUGUCAACAUGUCUCAGGAGGGAAUUCAUUCUGACGCCGACAUUAACACCAGUUUAAAGACACUUGAACCACAGACCAUCAUUCGUGGGAAAACGCCGAUACAAAUCCUGCAUGAAUAUGGCACCAAAACUGGCAACCUUCCUGUGUAUGUGAUGGAUAAGGCUGAAGGAGAGGCUCACCAGCCCAGCUUUGUCUUCAGCGUGAGCAUCGGAGAUGUGAGCUGCACAGGUCAAGGUCCCAGUAAAAAGGCUGCUAAACACCAGGCUGCUGAAUCAGCCCUGAAAAUCCUGCAGAGAGACAUUGGAACACUCAGGAUCAAUCCUGUGAAGUCUGAGAGUAACGGUGUUGCAGCAGAAACAAACAACCAGCCAAACUCAGUGGGGAUGCUGCAGGAGUUAGCCUUGCAGAGGGGAUGGCGUCUUCCUGAAUACACAAUUUUAAUGGAGGCUGGUCCGCCACACAAGAGAGAAUUCACCGUUACUUGUCGAAUGGAGUCCUUGUCAGAGAAAGCUGUGGGAAAUUCAAAAAAGAUGGCAAAAAGGGCAGCUGCAGAGAAAGUGGUUGCAAAGCUACAAAGUCUGUCUGGCUGUUCUGAAAUCACAUGGAUGCCUAAACCAAGUGUCCGAAUCGAGAACAUAAGGAACUCCUCAGCAGAGAACGUAUGUUUACUGAGAAGAAACCCUCUGAGCAUUCCCAACACAGAUUACAUACAGAUGAUGCUGGAACUGUCUAAGGAGCAAGGCUUUGAGGUCACAUACUUUGAUAUCGAUGAGCUGACUGUGAACGGCCAGUACCAGUGUCUGGCAGAGCUGUCCACCUCCCCGGUCACCGUGUGCCACGGCACGGGCAUCUCCUGCAGCAACGCACACAACGACGCAGCCCACAGCGCCCUGCAGUAUAUCAAGAUCAUGGCCUCCAUCAAGUAAAGCCCCACCACAUUUAACAGUUUCACCGUCACCGACGUCAUCACAUACAGAAUAUCCCACAUGUUGCCAGUGCAUCCUAUUGUGUUGGCACAAAGGUAGUUACAUCAAGGCCCUGGGCCACUGCUUCAUCCAUUUUUUGAUUUGUGUGUUUUUUUUAACUUAAAGAGACAAGAAACUCAUCAUGGUUGGUAAAAAAAUCCCAAAAACAUCUAAAUAUGAAAUGCUAUUUUAUCAUUCCUCAGGUCAAAUAGUUACUUUUCUGUAUUGUUUUCAAGAUUGAACGAUAAAUUGUCAGAAUCUAUGGUGAAGAAAUAUCAAGAAAAUGCCUAGUUAGGGGUUUUCUGACCAAGUGGUAUAUUUCUUUAUGAAUUAAACUUGGCCAUGUUUUUAUACAUUAAACAUUACAUGAGAAAGGAGAUUUGUUUAUAGCAUAAUAGCACAUUUUUCUUGCAUAUAGAUAAUCAGAUAACAUCAGACUGACCUUUGUUGCUGAGGAAAUCCCUUUCCCAUCCUGUUUUGAAUCUUGUGUAGUUUUGACAAGCUUAUAUUAAAAUAGUGGUAUAGAUGGCAUCAGCCAGAAAUAUUAGUAACAGUCAAAGCUACUGUCUGCGAUGUUGUCUUUUGGUAUAAUAUAAAUAUAUUAUUUAUUCUAGUAGGAAAUGUUGUGUGUAAUAAUUAUGCCGUAUUACCAUUUGCUUUUCUCCCCUAAGGAGGUUAUUUUAUUCUUAUUAUUUUUGUCUGUGAGCAGCAAAACUCAAAAGGUAAAUGUUGGAUGAUGUACAUUAUGUCCCAAAGUAUGAAAUCAUUAGAUUUUGGUGGUGAUACGGAGAAACUGAGCGGCCUUGUUGGACAACUUUCUGUAACUGCUGCAGAAAAGCUGUCUUCCACUGAAACGUGAAUUAUCAGUGAGUGUGCACUGCAGGUUUUAGGUUUCUUAAUGGUGAUUGUGUAAAUCGUAUGGUAGUAGUUCAGAUCAUGUCAAAAAUUCAGAUUCAUGCAAGCUUGUAUUUUGACCCAUCAUGUAGCAGCAAGUUCGGUCAUUAUUCUGCACACUGACGCUCAAACAGCACAACAGUUAUUUUGAUAACUGAUAAAAACACUAAAAACAAUUGUAGUUAUUACUUAGCUUCUUUUUUUUUUACUUGAUAUAUUUAUUUUUACUGUUGGUCAGACAUAAUUAGACAUGUUACCGCUUCACCUUAGACUCUGGGAAACUGUGCUGGACAUUUUUCAUCAUGAUUCGCUGUUUUCUAGAAAUGAACGGCUCUAUGACACAUUAAAAUCUCAUGUGGACAUUA